CUUUAAGCACGACUCGACUCAAGCGUGGAUCCUGGGUUUGUUGUCGGUGUCUCGUCUUGUCUCCGUACCGCGCGGUUCUCUCUAUGCCGCGUAGGACGGCCCACGGAGUAUCGGCGACUAUCUCCGACUACGACAUCGGCCGCGAUGCUGUGCCCAGUUUGGUGCAAAGACUGUCGAACACUAUGGGAUGGGGAUUUUCGGAUUCCAAUACACUCGAAUACGCCCUCGCAUACGCUCUCAUCCGUUCUUGUGCAGAUUGUUGUUAUUCAGGAUUAACGCGCAGUAAGAGUCAUGAACUUACAUCGAGCUUUCGGCGUGUUCAAGGAAAAGAAGAGCACUAGCACCGGUAUUUAAAUUCCGGUUUACAUAGUAUAGAAGGAAGCUUGCUCAGAUCUCAAUAGUGGAG